GAGAAGAGAGAAGAAGAGAAAUAGAAGAGAAGGAGAAGAGAAGGAGAAGAGAAGGAAAAGAGAGAAGAAGAGAAAGAGAAGAGUGAGGAAGAGAGAGAGGCUCUACCAGGCUGCACGUCAAUUUGACCAUGAGUGUGAGCGGUACACUGGAGAAGGGGGCCCACCACCAGGCUCUGGAGCUCUCCGAGGAGCUCUCUCCCCUCAACCACCACCACCCUCACCACCACCACCUCCAGCACUCCAACUCUCUGGCCUCCAGCGCUGCUGUGGGGACCCCCUCCGGCGUGGUGGUGCCACCCCCGUACUCUGCAGCUGAGAGUAGGGGAGGUGGUAACGACGCUCCCCUGGAGCUCCGAGGCUCUCUGGACUGCUGGGCGUGCUCGGUGCUGGUGACGGCCCAGAACCUGCUCAUCGCUGGGAUCAACGCCUGCCUGGCCGGACUGGUGUUCGGACUCAUCCUCACCCCCGCCAUCGCCAUGGUGGUGUUCGGGUUCCUCUGUCAUUCUACGGUGCGCCCUCAUGGGACGUCCCGCUACUGCUCGGACCUGCUGAAUGACGGUGGCUGUGUGGCCCUCCUGGUGGUGGGUUUCCUCCUGGUCACACCCCUCCUGGUCCUGGCUCUGGCCGCCUACUGCCGCCUGGCCCGCCACCUCCAGCUGGGGCUCUGCUUUAUACCAUACUCCAGGGCUAUCUACAAGAACCUGCCCACCACACAGCACCCUGGCCUGGGAGGGGGCUGCUGUGAACGCAGUGGCGCUGGAAGGGAGGGAGGAGGGAAGGGUUGACGCCAGCGGGACUCUCAGACUCUCAAACAUGCCACAGCCUGUUCCAGAUGACAUACCUGGACUAAAGUACCUAAUACAGCUUCACACAACUCCCUAUCUGCCAGGAACAGUCCCUUUUGGGAUUAAAGCAUAUUGUCUACUUUUGAUACUGUGUUCAAAUCAAGGCACAAUAUGCCAUAUGAAUCAUAGUCGAUGUAAUUCUUAAAUAAUUCAAUACUCUUGUCAUAGUUGUACCUCCUGCGUCGUUUCAUAUGUUGGCUGCCCACUGCCAGUUUGUUAAAUUAUUAUUUGACUUUUAUAUGAAUUAUUGACAACAAUGAGAGAGGGAACUUCUGUAUCGAGACUUUCCAUGGAAACAUCAUACAGUACGUCAUCUGAGGGUUCCUCGGAGUUGGUUAAGUUAUUUUCCAUUCUUUACUUCCUUUUAGCAAACAUUUCUUUCACAUUAUCUUUUGUAUCUUCUUUAGUUUAAUCCGAUAAAUCAGAAUAGUAAAAAUAAGCA